CUUCUUGAUGGCUAUUGUAGAAUUAUAACUAGGCCUAAAAUUCGAACUUAUUUUUCACCUCAGCAAGGGAAGUAAUUCUAAAAGUACAGGAAACGGAAACAAGCUUUUUCAGGCUCUUCACUUCCUUUUUCAUUUCAGCGUUGUUGUAAAGUGUACUGUUCUCUAACGAGCUAAGGCCUAUCCGGCGACAUACACUAUUAUUUUACAGCAAUCCAUAUACAUUUAACCCAAAUAACUAAAAAAUGUCCGGAGAAGACGAACUUGCCUGUGUUUAUGCCGCACUAAUCCUGGCAGAUGAUCAAGUUGCCAUCACCGUAAGUAGAUACCGUAACCAAAAGUUUAUUGCUAGCAUUUUUAGAUCACCAAAAUCAGUACAAAAUGUUGCCAUUGUUUCAUCUUUUUGUUGGCGAGAUUAUUUAAUUUUAUCCUAACGACAUCUACAUGUUUCAGAGCUUGAGUAUUCAUGCCUUUUUUUUGGUCUACAAUCAAGUCACUUAACCUAGUCAGACCUAGUCUUAGUAUUAGCCGCCCCCACCCCUUUUACAUCAUCAUACAUUUUUACAUUUCAAAAGUUUAAAAAAAUAACCCUGUUAUCAUGUUAUGGCCAUCUGAGAGAAUUUCACAUGGUUAUUUUUGAUACAUUUUAACCAUUUUUCUAGUUACGUUGGGUCGAUUUAAAAUAGGACAAGGAAUAGUUUUGUAAAUAUUAUUAGACUUAUUAGCUGAUUUCUCAAAAUUCUUUUGCUUAGGACAUAUAUUACUCAAAAUAAAAUGGGUGGGUUAAAGCCUGUUCAUUAAUGUAGCUGGUAAUUUGUUAGUUGAUGAGACAUUUUUAUCACAAGCCCUAUCGUCCAGGUGCUAAAAAAAAAGCAUCUCAAAACCCCAUGGACAGUGAUAGCGUCAAUAAUGGCCUCAUCCAAGUAGACCUACCUAUUUUACUUAUGCCAAAAUAGUCCUUUUUAAGUCAUAUUUGCACAUUCACAAUAAAUUUGUUUUAUAAAAAUAAAUGGCACAUCAAAUUUAAAAAAAGUUUUAUUUUUAUUUCAGAGUGACAAGAUAGCUACUUUACUGAAGGCUGCAGGAGUAUCUGUUGAACCUUAUUGGCCAGGUAAAUCAUGGAAUCAUCUAGGUUUAAUAUGUACGAAGUGAUUAUUCACAGAGCUGUGCGGAUAAGGCUCGCCGUUAUUCACAGAUUCCGGUCUGCCGAUAACGCUAAACGUUAUUCACAGAAUGUGAUAAAUUAAAUAAUGAAUAUACAAUACAAAGUUCACAUGUACACAUCUCCUCGAUAGUGUAGUGGUCAGUAUCUCCGACCGUCACCCAGCAGACAUUGUAUCAUAGGUUCGAUUCCCCGUCGGGGAAGCUUCAUUUUUAUAAAGAAAAUUUAAAAAAAACAUAUUUUAAUGGUUAUUUCGUAGUGUUAUAUUAUGAUACAGCUGUUCUAACUGUACAUUGUUAUAUACUUUUAGCUGUUUAUUUUUCUUUGUAUAAUUCCACUCAUAGACUUUAACAUCCAUUUGUUUUUUCUCUAAUAAACAAAUAAUUAUUAAUAACUUACUUAUUCAAAUAUUUUAUAUCUCAGAGUUGUGCAUUAAUGUUAAGCUGAAAAAAUAUGUCACGUUUUAUUUGUUUCAUUUUAUUUUCUAAUAAGUAUCAUAAUAAGUAGGGGCACAAUAUGCCGCUCCAGAAAUAGUUGAAAUAACAUUUAGUGAUGACAAUGAAAUGAACAUACCAGUACCGUACUUAAAACAUAUCAAUAUCAUUGACAUCAACAAUUUUAGCUCUUGUAAAAAAAAUGUUGAUAAUUGAAACAAAAAGCCAUACUGCCACAGUUGUAACUAUGGGUCUAAAUACAAAAAGCCAUACUGCCACUGUUGUAACUAUGGGUCUAAAUAUAAAAAGCCAUACUGUCACUGUUGAAACUAUGGGUCUAAAUACAAAAAAAAGCAUUAAAAAAUUGUUGGAAACUUGCUGGUCGUAGGAUGCAUUGCGAGUCUUUGAGAAGUAAAGUUCCCCUUCAGAUCAUAUUGGCCUAAAUAAAAAUUUAUCAAGAACCUGCGGUCUUCAAGUCUUUAUCGAAAAUUCCUAGUGUGGAUUAACACAGAAAAAAAGUCUUACAGAGUGUGCUCUUUGAAAGUAGCAUGGAUACCAGCGCUACCGGUAUAUAAAUAAUCAAUCAAUACAUGGAAUACGAUAAUGUAGUGCCUGCAUGUGGUCUCUCGAUUGCAGCCAUUUAUUUCUGCUAAUACUAAUAGUAAGCCGAUUUGUAUUAAAAAAUAUUUUUGAAAAAUAGUUUUGGUAAACUGAGGCAUUGUUGUAGCAGCAUGAUUAACUUUCAACAUUAACUCCUCAGGUCUUUUUGCUAAGGCUCUGGAUGGCAUGAAUGUCAAAGAUUUGAUUUCAAAUGUAGGAAGUUCUGCUGGUGCUGCACCUGCCGCUGCUGCCGCCGCCCCUACUGCAGCGGCUGUACCGGCCGCUAAAGCCCCCGCAGGUUUGUACACAAGAAUUUUUCUAUUUCACCUAUAAAAAAUUGCUAGUGGUUCGUAUGCCUUGUUAAUUCUCAAUGCCCUUGCCAGAUUUAUGUUCAAUGCUGACCUCUAGGUAAGGAAUAUUGUUUUAAGCCUUUAAUUAUAUUUUCAGCUAAUAUUGUUUCCCAUGCUUGGCACAUUUAUUUCACCACUUCAGAAAAAAAUAAUUACACUUUUAAAAGAAUCCCAUUUACAGCAUUUUGAAACUUGUUACUGGGGAUAAUCUGGUCACCAGUAAUACUGGUACCGGUAUAUUAAAAAAAAAAUUUUUUUAUUGAGUUACCUUGAUUUAAUUUAUUAGCCUACACAUUGUACUGUUUUCAACAAUUGAUUUACCACCUUUAUUGCAGAAGAGAAGAAGAAAGAAGCCCAGAAAGAGGAUUCCGAGCAUUCUGAUGAAGACAUGGGCUUUGGUAAGCAUUGCAUCACACUUGGCAUUUUUUUAAUUUAAAGAAAUAGGGUCCAUUAUUCAGGGAAUUCUGAAAAUUGACCAGCCAGGAGCAUUCCCUUCUGCCUUCUGUUUUCCUAAAAGCCCCAGAUUUAUCUAAAAUAUUUACUGUAAUACUUUACCAUACAAGUACCAGUAGUGUUAGUGUACCAGGUACACAACUUUUAAAGCAUAUUUUAAAACUAUAAUCUGGUGUCUGCUGACUGCUCUAUUAGAAUUUGAAAGUAC